GGCAGCAUGAGACACAUCUCUCCUCGGAUCAUGAAAGCAUGGGGAUAUUUGGAGAAAAAGAGGUUUUGACAGCUCAGGGAAAAACACAACAAAGAAACAUGUGGAGGACCCUUACACUCUCACUGACGGCUCUACUGCUGCUGGGGUCAGAGGAGUCUCGGUGUGAGGAUGUGGGGUCCGUACUGACGGUGGAGGAGCAGCCGCAGGACUUCAGCGACAUAUCUAGCGUUCUGGGGAAAACCAAACGCCAGAUCCUGGCUGCUCAGUUCGAGUGCUACCUGAAGAUAAUCCAUGAUCCUCCACGCACAGAAGAAGGUUCUUUUUGUAACCGCACAUGGGACGGCUGGCUGUGUUGGGGGGACACGCCUCCAGGGACCGUCAUGCAGAUGUGUCCUGAAUACUUCCUGGACUUCGACCCCGGGGAGAAGGUGACUAAAGUGUGUAACCCUGACGGUCAGUGGUUCCAUCAUCCAGAAAGCAACAGAGUGUGGACGAACUACACCCAGUGUCAGGUCUACACCAAAGACAAACUCAAGUUUGCCAUCAGCCUGUACUACCUGGCCAUGGUGGGUCACGGUCUGUCCAUCGUCUCCCUCAUCAUCUGCCUCAUCAUCUUCUCCUACUUCAAGAGUCUGAGCUGCCAGAGAAUUUCCCUCCACAAGAACACGUUUCUGUCCUUCAUCCUGAACUCCAUCGUCACCAUCAUGUGGCUGUCGCUCACUGCAGCCAAUAACCAGGCCAUAAACACCAGCAACCCUGUGAGCUGUAAGAUACUGGCUGUGCUGACUCAGUACACGUCUACGUCCAACUACUUCUGGAUGCUGUGUGAAGGCAUCUACCUGCACACACUCAUCAUCGUGGCUGUGUUUGUGGGUGAACAGCAGCUCUUCUGGUACUACGUCCUAGGAUGGGGUUUUCCCAUUGUUCCUGCUAUUACCUACGCUGUGGCACGUGGACUUCUGUAUAAUGACAAGUGCUGGAUCAGCGCUCAUACACAUCUGCUUUAUAUCAUUCAGGGGCCUAUUCAAGUUGCUUUACUUGUGAACCUGUUUUUCCUCCUGAACAUCGUGCGGGUUCUGAUCACCAAGCUGAAGGAAACUCACUGCGCUGAGUCCACCGCCUACAUGAAGGCAGUCAGAGCCACGCUCAUCCUCAUCCCUCUGCUGGGAGUCCAGUUCAUCCUGUUCCCCUGGAGGCCCGAGGGACGCAUCAGCCGAGCUAUUUAUGACUUCUUUAACAACAUUUUCAGCCAUUUCCAGGGGCUGCUGGUGGCAAUUAUAUUCUGUUUCUGCAACGCUGAGGCUCAAACAGCUCUGCGGAGGAAGUGGGCCCAGUGGAAGAGCGCCUGGGGUAAAACCGGCUGGGGAGUCCCACCCAUCACUAAUAACUCCCACUUCAACUACCACACCAACUCCUCCAUAACCGAAACGAGCCGCGCCACCAUCAGCCUGGAGCACCCUGCCUCGCCGUCGGAACAUAAAGAAAACUUCCAUUUCUCGUCCAGGAUGCAGCCGGAAGGCAGCGAGCAGGAGCAGAGGAACAAGUGCAGCAACGGAGAGGUGGAACUGGUCAACAGGUUGGAAACCACCGACAUCUGACAGGAGAAGCAGCUGCGAAGACGCAGGACUUAAACUGGGAGGUCAAGGGUAGAUUUUCACCAGAUCAGACGGUGUGUGCAUGUAUAAACCAUCUGAGGAUCACUUAGAGCGGGGGAGGCAAACUCAUUUUAGUUCAGGUUCCAAAUUCAGCCCAACAUGAUCUGAAGCAAGGUUAUUAUCAUUAACGAAAACUAACGAAAUGACGAAAACUAGAAUUGUAAAAACAUUUU